AUGUCUCAAUAUCAGCACUAUGUGCCUCAAUUCAUUCUACGCAAAUACUCCGACUAUACGAAGCCUAACUACGAGGAUUAUGUCGACAAACAGCAGUUUGACAAGGCUCUUGGGAAGGCGAAGAGACGAGCAGGGGUGAAUGUCCUCGACUUCAAGGACGGCUUUACAAAAGGACGACUCCGUCGAAGCUCUUGCAAUAAGAUGUUCGGCCUUCCCGAUAUGUACGACGCGGAGAUUGAGAUCGCAUUGUCAAAGCUGGAGCAACGUGUCUCCACGAUUAUUGAUGCUGUUGAGAACGAUUUCGUCAACGGCAAGCCAGCCACACUAAUUGCGCGACCCCAAAAAGACCUUCUCCGGAAAUUUAUCUUUAUAAUGGGCUAUCGCAACCGUAACUUCCACGAGCGAUUUGAAGGCGAAAAGGAUGAUUAUAAUUCGAAUGAUCGAGCUGAGCUAGUAGCCUACAUGCACGAAAAAGGAAUCAAGACACCCAACCACGUCUGGCUUGAGACCAUGCGUGCGUUUAUCGAUGUAGAUCUUGGCCAAGAACAUGAAUGCUGGUACGAGUGGCUCACGAAUCAUGCAUACCCCGCCGACGCCAGGUGGUUCUGGAAGAAUAUGACUACAUCACAUCUUUGCUUUUGCACUCCUGAAAGUGUUGAUGAAGAGUUUAUGUUGACUCAAAAUGCGUACGGGGUCUUUGAAGGACCGUGUAGCCAUCGAGGCUGGACUGAUUGGCAUACCUUCGCUCCCAUCAACCACAGACUAGUGAUCGUGAUGAGAAACGGAUUUCUCGGCGGCAUUCCAAACCUCCCUUCCAAUUUGGCAGGUGUCAUCACUAGAAUAGCAACUACAAGCUACCCGACGCUACGAUUUUGCUCUGACGGUACUUCUUCCUCAUCACACAAAUUCAAUCCAGAGGAUAUAUUCACCUUCAAGUUUUUCCAUUUACCCAGCACUUUCGUACAACGAAUCAACUCCAUCUUAAUUGAGGAGGCAGUCCUGACAGACAUGAUUCUUUACAAAUCAUCAUCGGCACUUCGAAGAGCUCUCGAGUCGUACCUUGGAGCCGAAAAGCCGGGCUUCAAAAUAGCUAUAGAGAAGCCACGGGAGGAAGGACCCGAGAUCUUGCGUGUUGACUACUGCGGAAUUAAGAAGAUGGAUGGGGCGCCUGAGUACGAACGUCAGGCAUAUCUGGGUAUGCUAGAGCGAAUUGCAAGGAGUCUGGGGAGUGAUUGCACGGCCAAAUUCACACUAAGCACGCCCCAGUCCAUUGUAGUAGUCCCACCUCUUCCACCUGGAUUCAGCGCCAGGUACAAGAAACUCGGUUUCGAUGGCUUUGUCGGAAGCUGGCUUGGUGACGAAGCGCAGGCUCUGUUAAUUAGUCGUCUUUGGAUAUGGACGAACCAUGCAGUUCGGACACAGAGCGAAGAAACACAAAAGAAUAUGCGGCGAGAACGUCUCAAGCUGGUGUGCAAUUUGCACCCUCGAAGGCUAUGGCUUCACCUUCGCCUGAUGCGACUAUUCACUGACCGACCCGAAUUUGUUUUGACCGCCUCGCGGGGCGAAUACUUAGGUGGCUUGGUGGCAGAAGAUAAUGGAGGACCUGAAGAUGUGGUUAUCGAUUGCAUCUCUAUUUUCUCUCCUAAAGGAGUAUCGCGAGCCAUGAUGAGAGCAUCUGGUAUGCGACAGUACUCGGAACUGACCGAGAACGACUGUCCGUCCCCAUUGAAAGACAAGUAUUUCAUGGCGGCAAUGGCUCACGUUGGAAGUAUCACAGAUUGCGACCUACCAAAGUUGAAACAAGCAGCUAUUAAAAUCGAAAUGGACUCUAACCCUUUGGCCUUAAAAGCCGCUGCGAAAAGGCUUGACUGGCCCGAGAAAGUUGUUCAUGAGAUGUGGAUACGGUAUCGAGUGCAUCAAGAUUUUGAGAAAAUUCUGGGUUGUGUUAAGUUAAGAGGACGAACCAUCCAGAAGCUAAAGGAACUUCUGUUCCAGCUCUUGUACCCUCUUCAGUAG